AUGACCCUAAGGUCACCGGACCUAAUGUUGUUGGCAAGGGCAGGCGAGGUGAGAUUACCGGAGAUGAGGGGCUCCAUCGGCUGGGUGACGCUGGAAAGCGUUGGACGGUGGGGCGGGGCUAGACGGAGGUCAGAGGUGGGAGGCGCCAACACCAAGAGAAACGUCGGAGAUGGGAGAAGCUGUCGACAUCGAGAACUGAGAAGAAGAGAAAGGAUUGGGGACUUACAGAGAAGAAACAUCCUUGUUACUUUACCGAUGUGCGACUUUUGUGCAGAUAGAAAUGAAUAUGCAUACCACAUUUUAACCUCCUGUAGCCUGGCGAAGGAGAUCUUAUUUACGGUGCUCAACUGGUGUGGAAUUAUCCCCCGAAUAUUCUCUCGAGUCAAUAAGGUGCUAGCUUUUGCCAGGAUCGGGGGACAUUGUCCAAAGAAGAAAGAGACCCUUACUUGUAUUCUAUACGGAACUAUUUGGAGCUUGUGGAAGGCUAGGAAUGAUUGGAUUUUUAGAGGCAAGUCAUCGAAACCCGCAAAAAUUGUGGACUUUAUCAAAGCCACAGUAUUUACAUGGAGAAAAUACAUGAAAAAACAUGAGACGAAAUGGAUUGGGAUAAGUGGUGUGCUACACAUCUAA